GUACCGAAUUCCGGAGACAACAGGAUGCCGCUCCUCGUCCACGUCUUGCGGAACUAUGGGGCGACAUUGUCCGACAACGGGGUAUUCCUGGUGUCGAGGCCAAGUCCACUUGAUCAAGUGAGGGACGCAUGGAUCGCAGUUCCAGCACCCGGUCACAGCUGGCAUUUCCGCGAGAUCCGCAAGAUCAUGAGCGAUUCGCUCGAGAAUGAGAUCGUGCAAAACGUCAAUGGCACAUAUGACCCCUACGGGGCAUAUGUUGACGCCACCCCUGCAAAGGUCAAGGAAAUCCUCCUCAGCCUCAACCCGGGACCUCAUGCGUCUGAACGCGACCGGCUCGUUGCCGAACUCGAUGCGGGAAACAGAUCUAACAACCUCAAGCGAAGGUGCGCGGCCAUGCGCAGCAGGCAUUAUUCGAACACUUACAGCGCGGCAUCCCAGCGGGAGCCGCUGAAGCUUCGGGAGUACAUCACUCCGCCUCCUCAGGUCAUUGACGACGAGCCUGAGAUCAGUGAGUAUGCUUUGCAACGUGCUCAAGCUACAGCUGACGCCGAGGUUGAUGCAGCCAUCGAAGCUGGAUCUGUGGCCGAGCUGGAGGACCAUGAUGUCUCCGACACCAUGACCGUGGCUGAACCGGAUGCGGAAGCAUUGGCUCAUGAUGAUGAAAUGAUGGACGAGCGAGAUCGCCAAGACGCGAACGUUGACGCCUAUGAUGAGGGUCUUCUGGAUGGUGGACUUCGAGGAGUGCUUCGUGUUCAACCGGAUUGCAGUAUCAACACCCUUCAUGCCAGAGCGCUCGAUGCGCUCACGGUUCACCUCCACGAGGGAACCUGGCAUGUCGCCAACUAUGAUUCGAGUCAAGUGGCGACGCAAUUCAUGGAUGUCAUCUUCUGUGGCUUCAUAUUGGAUUUCUGGGCUGCGUUUGAGAGGUUCCAUCGACUUCCCUAUCCCGACAUGCUGUCUCGAUUCAAGGAAGGAAGCAGGCAUGAUGCAUUGGGGGCGUGGCCUAUCGUUGAACUCGACGAGUCAACGGGGAUACCACGAGACCUUACAGAUGCAGAGAUCAUUGAGUCCACUCGGCAACCUGAAAUGCGAGAUUGGCGUCCCAAACGAUACAAGAUGCACCGGAUGCUGUCCAUUGCAGUGCGCGGUUGCAUUGCGCUUGGGUACGAACGGUCACACUUCAACCUCAAGGCACAUGACCGGAACACCGUCAGGGCCACUAUGCACGUGACCAUGAACAGGAUCUUGAGGUGCGUUUUCGGUGUCAAAGCAUAUUCUUAUCUCCGUGGGAAUAUGACGCACGUGCCCGACUAUUUGCACAUCGAUCCUGGCGCGAUGCUCGCGGCGCAACCCGCGAAAGAGGCCUUGACCGAACUGCUUAUUCUGGUCCAAAGUCAUGGGUUCGCACUUCCCCCCGAAUGUGAAAAGAAGUAUCAGGGUUAUCUACAGGACAGAUCCCGUCGACCCGAGAAUGAAAUGAAAAUCUUGCCUAUCGAGUACCUGCCCAGGAAACCCACGGAUGAACAACGUGCUGACGCAAUCCAGAACGAGACGCGUGCUACUGGUGUUCGUCGAGGCUACACUGCCGCCGCACCUUCGUCGAUUCGUCCUGCGCAGCAUCCUGGGCCUUAUCCUUCGCAACGUCCUUUGGGGCCACGCAAACCGAAUGCUAUAGACCGCGGAUGUCCUCCUGAUGGAUGGUGA